CAAAAACAGUUCAGUCUUUAACUUUAACUUGCUGCGUUCACAUUACACAAACCGUGUGUUAACGUCAAAUUUUUUUAAAACUUCAAUAAAAUAAAAUAUAAAAAAUUAAAACAGAUUUUUUUAACAAAAAAAAGUAUAAAAAGUGUUCUUCCAUUUAACAAAAAUCUAAAUAAUUUUUUUAACUUAAAAUAACCAAAAAGCUUUUAAAAGAAAACGAACUGUUUUAUAGAAAAUUUUUAAUAAAAAAAGGCAUAAAAUAAAGCAAAAUCUUUAUUUAUUUCUUGUUUUUUUAAACAAAACAAAAAAGUUUGAUAACUUUAAAUUGUUAUCCUUUUAUUGGGCGUUUUGAGUCCUUGUUAAUUUAUUUAUUACCCACACAUACAAAUAAACAAACACACACAGAAAAAUGGCCGCAUAUGCUGCAUUCAAACAUGUUGAACUGUACAAUGUUGGCAAAACCAAAAAGAGGGUUUUGAGACCUCCAGGUGGUGGCACUAGUGACAUUUUCGGUGGUGAUUUACCACAAACACCACGUUCGGUUAAAAAUCACAUGCAAUCAAAUAUUUUCUCAUGCGAAAAAGAUAGCAUUAAAAAUAACGUACGACAAGGAGCUCACAGAUUCUAUUUCAUUGGUAUUGUUAAUGGUUAA